AUGCCCUUAAAUUUUGCAUCGGUCGGACGAGUGCUGACUGGCAAGUUCUGGGGAAAUUCUAAUCGACAGUUAUCUGGUUCAACAGACGCGACUUUUUCACAUGGUUCGCAUCUUUCUGACUUUCUUCAUCUCACACCAGCAUUACUAGCAGAAUUAAUACGGACGGUAUGGUCAGCGAUAUUCUUGAUUCUAGUCGGAAUUUUUCUCACCUUCAACAUACAAUGGUCCGACCAGCGGUGGAAAAACUCAGGCGACGACAUGAAACCGUUGGUCGAUUUAGGAUUCAGAGUUUUGCCCGAGACUGAAAAGGUGUUUUUGGCAGACAUGUUUAUGUUAACGUUACUGGCAGGUUCGAUCUUUUUCACGCUUUUUAUGGCGGAGUCGAAUCGUGCAAGAAUUAUCAUUGUGCGUAGGUUGUUUUGGUUGCUUGGUCUUUUGUGUUUUUUCCGUGCUAUUACGCUGUCAGUUACUACUUUACCGAGUCCAAAGCAUUGUAAGCCGGUCGAUAUUGGGAGUUUUUGGUUUAUGUUGAAACAAGGUGUGCAACUGAUUCUUGGUGGUGUUAAAGCUUGCACUGAUAAUAUCUACUCUGGUCAUACCAUUUUUAUAACUACAAGCGUAAUUCUUCUUCGCAUAUAUUGUAAAUACCCAUACGUCAUAUAUUACUCAUAUGCACAUGGCAUAACUGGAAUAUGUUUACUUGUUGCCACACGCCUUCAUUACACCGUCGACGUGAUACUCGCAGUAUUUAUUACUUACGCGACUCACUCGAUCUAUUUCUUCAUCGUCGAUCUAUGUAUCGAAAAACACUUUCUGCAUAUACGACGAGCAGAAGAAAGACUCGGUGACAAAAAUUUAUAUCAACGAGUCGCGUAUAUGCCAAAUAUGUUUAAUGUGAGUCUGGUGGGAAUUGUUCGAUGGAUGGAUGGAUUGGAUAUUAGAUUCUCGAUGGAGGAUGAACAAACUGUUGCGCAGACUAUUGAGGUGUCGCAUCAUCGGCAAGAAGCGUUGGCUGCUGAACGGGGAAUAAAUGUUACGAUUGAUAAUGGGGAUAGUAAUCAGCACGAAGAAAACACUAGUGAUGAUAAUCAUAGUCAUGAAGAUGGAUCUACUGAAAUGAGAGAAGUAACGGUGAAAGUUCCGGAAAAUGCAUUAUUAGAAGCAAGAAAUCCACCCACAGCAUCAUCAUCGUUGUCAUCUUCAACGAUAGAAGUUAUCACAUCUGGAUCAACAUAA